GCGCUCCUUCAAAGAGGAGCUGCUGUGCGCGGUCUGCUACGACCCGUUCCACGACGCGGUGACGCUCCGCUGCGGCCACAACUUCUGCCGCCGGUGUGUGACCAGCUGUUGGGAGGUGCAGACGACGCCCUCGUGCCCGGUGUGCAAGGAACGAGCGGUUCCCGGGGAGCUGCGCACCAACCACACGCUCAACAACCUGGUGGAGACCCUGCUGCGGGAGGAGGCCGAGGGCGCGCGCUGGACCGGUCGCCGGUCCCCGCGCCCCUGUCGCGCUCACCGCGCCCCGCUUACACUCUUCUGCUUAGAGGACAAGGAGCUGCUGUGCUGCGCCUGCCAGGCCGACGCCCGGCACCAGGAGCACCGCGUGCAGCCCAUCAAGGACACUGCUCAGGACUUCCGGGCCAAGUGUAAGAACAUGGAGCACGUGCUUCGAGAGAAAGCCAAGGCUUUUUGGGCCCUGCGGCGUACCUAUGAGGCCAUUGCCAAGCACAAUGAGGUGCAGACGACUUGGCUGGAAGGCCGCAUCCGGUAUGAGUUUGACAAGCUCCGCGAUUUCCUGAGGGUGGAGGAACAAGCCACCUUGGGUGCCAUGAAGGAAGAGAGCAGAAAGAAGCACCUGCUGGUUGAGGAGAAGAUGAAACAGCUGGCAGAACAGACUGAGGCACUGGCUCGAGAGAUUGAGCGUCUACAGAUGGAAAUAAAGGAAGAUGACAUGACCUUCCUCAUGAAACACAAGAGCCGAAAACGCCGGCUCUUUUGCACAGUGGAGCCAGCUCCUCUCCAGCCUGGCUUGCUGAUGGAUGCGUGCAAGUAUCUGGAUUCCCUGCAGUACCGUGUCUGGAAGAAGAUGCUUGGAUCUGUUGAAUCAGUGCCCUUCAGCUUGGAUCCCAAUACAGCUGCUGGCUGGCUCAAAGUGGCUGAUGACCUCACGAGUGUCAUCAACCAUGGCUACCGUGUGCAGGUGGAGAAUCCAGAGCGCUUCUCCUCAGCACCCUGCCUGCUGGGCUCUCAGGUUUUCUCGAAGGGCUCCCACUCUUGGGAGGUGGAUGUGGGUGGCCUGCCAAGCUGGCGAGUGGGUGUGGUGAGGGUGCAGGCACAUGCACAGGCACAGGCUCAGGCUGAUGUAGGUGGUGAAGGCCACUCACAUAGCUGCUACCACGAUACUCGUUCGGGCUUCUGGUACCUAUGCCGCACACAGGGUGUGGACGGAGACCACUGCAUGACUUCAGACACAGCCACAGCCCCUCUGGUCCAGGCUAUGCCCCGCCGCCUGCGUGUGGAGCUGGAGUGUGAGGAGGGUGAGCUGUCCUUCUAUGACUCUGAGCGUCACUGCCACCUGUAUACCUUCCAUGCCCACUUUGGGGAAGUGAGGCCCUACUUCUAUCUGGGGUCUUCUAGGGGUGACGGUCCCCCAGAGCCUCUGCGUAUCUGCCAUCUGCGUGUCUCCAUCAAGGAAGAGCUGGACAUCUGAGCUGUCAGAGUCUACUGGACACUGGGCUGGGGACCUGUUUUGUUUCAACAUCUUGUGGUAGCUCACUAUUGACACUCACACAGCAUCCUGUAUCUUGUCUUGUCUUUUCUCUAACUCCACGGCCUCUUAUGCCUUUAUUUUUGGUCCCUUUUCUGCCCACCCAAAGUUGAGAGCCAUCCAGGAGAUGCUUGGUGAGCCUGGACACUAUUUAGAGUCACAGCACCUUCGGGAUGUGGGUUUUCUGAUUUCCUUUGUCCUUCUAGAAUUGCUGGUGAAGAUGUUUUUUUGUAGAAUGGGCAUUUUAAAAAUGUAGGUGUGACUAUUUUUAGAGAUGAUCAGGUCAGUCUAUCAGAGAUGCUUCUUGUUGACUCAGUUUGUCAUUUAUAUUUCCCAGACAGAGAGCCUUGUCAGGCCACACAGGAAGUCCCAGGAUUAAUUAUGUGGGUAAAGCCUUCACCCAGGCUUUCCUCCCCACUGUUGGAUAAGCAAGGCAGUGGCCAGCCUAACUGGACCAUGUGGCUAUUGGCAGUUGGUCUGAGGCCCAGGAGUUCCCCUGUUUGUCCAACCCUGACUGAGAUGGUUAGGACAGGAAAGCCCUGGCCUGCUCUGUGGGAACUUUGUAGGGUGUGGGGCUCUCUGGAGUACAACUCAGAGUUAGUGGAUGUCACAGGAAAGGCAGCAUUUGGCAGUGGCUAAGGAUUGACCAGUUACAAGUCAGUGGCAUAGAGGCUGAAGCAACAGAAUGCAGUAAGAAGACAGCUGAUGCUGGCUGGGCAGGAACCUGAGCUCUGUUUCUCAUUCUGAGUGGCAUAGAAUUGACCCUGAUUGGGCAAUUCGUACUUUGAAAGUUUCCUUUGAAAACGUCCAAGUUUCUAGAACACUUUAAAAAAAAAAAAUGACCUGUUUUUGUGCUCUCUCUCUCUGUCUGUUCUCUCUCUCUCUCUCUCUCUCUCUCUCUCUCUCUGCCUCAAUUUCUGUGUCUGUGAAUUAAUAGUGGUCUUGGAAAUCAUGGGAGAAGUUCUGAGAAGGGGCCUCUGUUUCAUUUAGGAACUGAGAAGUCCCAGAUUACAGCCUGCCACCUAUGGGGAUGGGAGAGUCCUGGCCCUCUGCCCUUGUCUUCAUUGGCUUCAGUCCACUUGUUCUUGCUCUGCUCUCUGUGAGGUUUCACUCCAACUUCUCCUUUGUGUAUACCUGCACAUUUUCUUUCUCAGUCAUGCCUAUAGAUGGAGUCUAAUUGCUGGCCACCAAGUCCCCAGUGGUAUUAUAAGGAGAAAUAUCUUCCCAGUUUAUGCACUGUCAUAAUCAGGGACACAUUACUGACCUAGGACCUGGCAUCCCAGUUUUAGCCUGCACCCCUCAUUACAUAAGCCUGAAGUUUUAAACCAUGCCACUCACCCACUAAUUGGCUAUAAAUGGGUCAUAUGCAUUGCUUAUCUGACAAGUGGGGCCUCAAAGAAACACUAUAGUGCAGGCCAGGGUGGGAUUAGGGACAGCAUUGGCAGAUGCUUGGGCACUUUGGGAUCCAAGUAGGUGUGAAAGGAAAUGCCCUUGGUGUGGUGCGUUCAGUUUCUAUGUAAGAAACUUUCUCUGAAAUUAACUGUUACAAUGAGCUUUUUAUUUUCAUUUUUUUUUAAGUAGGGUAAUUUCAGUGAUGUAGACUCUUUUAGAAAAAUUUUAUUUGACUCACAACUGACAAUGUUUUCUUUCAGUGCUUUUGUAAACACAAAUUCCUAUUGUAACUUGUACCUGACCUGAUGCUUUCCAUUGUAAGAUUUCAUAGUGUGCAGUGAAUGUACUGUUUAGUUUGUUAGUUGGUGGACAUUUGGCUUGUUGCAGCUUUUUUAGCUAUUAUGAGUACAGCUGCUAUAAAAUUUGUGUGCAAGUUUUGUGUGGACAUGUCUUUUUUUUUUGUAUUCUCUGUCAUAUACCUUGGAGUCUGUUUUCCAGGUCAGGUGGUAAUUAUAUUAAACCCUUUGAGGACUUGCCAAACUGUUUCUGAUAGAGCUGUACCAUUUUCUACUCCCACCGGCAGCAGGUGAGGGCUAGUUUGUAACACGCUCUUGCCAACACUGCUGCCCUCUACCUUAGCUGUCCUGGUGAGGAUGCAGUUUGUCUCGUUUGCCAUCCCUGACGGCUGAGAGUGGAACAUCUUUUCUCAUGUUUGCUGUGUAUCUACUUAAGAGACUUCAAAGCCUUUACCCAUUGGGUUGUCUAUCCUUUUAUUAUGAAAUUUUAUGAGUUUGUUAUGCAUUCUAGAUAAAAAUUAAUCUGUCAGAUACAUUACUUAUAAAAACUUUCCUCCUAUUCA